AUGUUGAUGCUCAAUGUACUCAAUCUGCUUGAUUUGGAUUGGGAUGGCUGGAUGGAUGGGUACGGAAUAGGAUGGGAUGGGCUAGAAUGGACAAAUGAUGGCACUGGCACUGAUACUGGUGCUGGUAUCUGUAUUUACCUACAGACAUCCAUGACUGGUUACUUGCAUGAGGGAAGAAAUAAAUCAGAUCAGAUCAGAUCAGAUCAAAUACAAAAACAUGUUAAAACCUGCAUUGAAGAAAUGUCUUCUUUUCUAGAAGACGUUGUGAUUCUGUGUCAUCAUAGGGGUACAGAAGUACAUAAGUGGGUCGUUCUGGAAAAGCUUAAUGACGAAGAGUGUACCGGAUCUCCUAUAUUAUGGUCGUGGACCGAAGAUAUGGAACAACGUCGUGGUGAUACUCACCAGAAGAACUCACACUAA